AUUAUUGUCGUAGUAAGUGUUUUAAUGUCGUCUUUUAGGUUGUAUCUUAGCUUUAAUGUGCAUUUUAAAUAAAUAAAAACAAAGCAGCUGCUUGCCAUUCUGACAACAAUGAGAUCGGACGAUAGCUUUCACUCCAAAAUGGCGGAAUCGCGGGGUUGUGGCUGGACGCUGCUAUUGCAGUAGCACGUCAUAUUGAGUGUCGUCUCUUGGUCAUUCUUAGUUCUUUAGUCACACACAGGCAACCACUCGGCAUUCGCUUGGUAACAUACAGCAGCCAAUCAGCAUUCGCAGAGCAACACACAGGAGCCAAUCAGCAUUCGCUGAGCCACACACAGGCUAAUAUCCCGCCUCGGCGCUCAGUGUAUGAAGUGGAUGGAGUAUGAGUCGGAUCGCUGAUGAAUGCUAAACUUUGCCGUUUGCUGUAUAAUUAUUCUUCUGUUACGGGUGUUGUGCGUCUUUUCAAAAUGAAUGAGAUUGCGUGAAGAUGAUGAACUACUAAAAGCUGGAAACACUUAAGUAAGACAUUUUUUUAUGAAAAGAAAGAAGAUUUUUCGCCUGCGCUCAGUGUGGAAACAGAUUGAUUGAGAUGCACAGCAGCCGGAAGAUUCACAAGAUGGUCCGCACUGGAAAGAAACCGUUCCCAUGUACCCAGUGUGGUAAGAGCUUCACACAUCCAUCAAACCUUAAUGAUCACAUGAUGGUCCACACCGGAGAGAGACCGUUCACAUGUACCCAGUGUGGAAAGAGUUUCAGGCAAUUAAUACACCUUAAUAAACACUUAAUGAUCCAUUCUGGUGAGAAACCAUUCACAUGCACCCAGUGUGGAAAGAGUUUCAGAAUAUUAGCAUCUUUUAAAAUUCACAUGUUGAUCCACACUGGAGAGAAACCAUUCACGUGUACUCAGUGUGGAAUAAGUUUCAGACAUUUAUCAUCUUUGAAAAUUCACAUGUUGAUCCACACUGGAGAAAAACCUUUCACAUGUACCCAGUGUGGUAAGAGUUUCAGAGAAUCAUCAUCUUUUAAAAUCCACAUGAUGAUCCACACUGGAGAGAAACCAUACACAUGUUCCCACUGUAGUAAGAGUUUCAGACAAUCAUCAAACCUUUAUAAACACAUGAUGAUCCACACUGGAGAGAAGCCAUUCACAUGUACCCACUGUAGUAAGAGUUUCAGACAGUUAUUACACCUUAAUCAACACCUAGUAGUCCACACUGGAGAGAAACCAUUCACAUGUACCCAGUGCGGUAAGAGUUUCACAGACCCAUCAUCUUUUAAAAGCCACAUGCGGAUCCACGCUGGAGAGAAACCAUUCACAUGCACACAUUGUGGAAAGAGUUUCAUACAAUCAUCAAACCUUAAUAGACACAUGAGGAUCCACACUGGAGAGAAGCCAUUCGCAUGUACUCAGUGUGGUCAGAGUUUCAGACAAGCAGCACACCUAAAUCAACACAUGUUGAUCCACACUGGAGAGAAGCCACACAAAUGUGACCAAUGCAGUAAAACAUUUGGAAGGAGUUCACUUCUGAAGAUCCAUCUAAGAGUUCAUACGAAGGAGAAACCGUAUUCAUGUUCUGUGUGUGGCAGGAGUUUUGCACGGCAGUCAAAUUUAAGCCAACAUCAGAAGAUCCACACUGGUGUGAGAGAGCAUGUCUGUCUUGAGUGUGGGAAGACUUUCAUCACAGCUCGUCAAUUGGAAAGCCAUAUACGGAUUCACACUGGAGAAAAAACGCACAAGUGUCCACACUGCGACAAGACAUUCAAUGGGUUAGGAAAUCUGAAAGCACAUGAGAGGACGCACACUGGAGAGAAACCGUACAAGUGUUCACACUGCGGCAAGAGAUUCAGUCUGUUAGGAAAUCUGAAAAAACAUGAGAGGAUCCACACUGGAGAGAAACCCUACAUUGUUAAUGAAAAGAAGAGACAAGAGUGUGGUAAGAGUUUCACACUAUCAUCAUCAUCUUUAAAAAGCCACAUGAUGGUUCACACUGGAGAGAAACUAUUCACAUGUACCCAGUGUGGACAGAGUUUCAGACAUACAUCAAACCUUAAUAAACACCUCAAGAUCCACACUGGAGAGAAACCAUUCACAUGUACCCAGUGUGGAAAGUAUUUCAGACAUUCAUCAAGCUUUAUUAAACACAUGAGGAUCCACACUGGAGAGAGACCAUACUCAUGUACAGCGUGUGGUAAGAGUUUCAGAAUAUCAACACACCUCAAUGAACACAUGAGGAUCCACACUGGAGAGAAGCCGUUCACAUGUAGCCAGUGUGGAAAGAGUUUCAGACUAUCAUCAAACCUUAAUAGACACCGAAUGAUCCACACUGGAGAGAAGCCACACAUAUGUACCCAGUGUGGACAGAGUUUCAGAACAUCAUCACACCUUAAUCAACAUGUGGGGUAUCACUCUGGUGUGAAAACACACAGAUGUGAUCAAUGCGGUAAAACAUUUGCAAGGGUUUCAAGUCUGAGGGUCCAUCUCAGAGUUCAUACGAAGGAGAAACCGUAUUCCUGUUCUGUGUGUGGAAAGAGUUUUACAAUGCAUUCAAGUUUAAUAAAACAUCAGAAGAUCCACACUGGUGUGAGAGAAUAUGUCUGCUUUGGGUGCGAGAAGACUUUCAUUACAGCUGAUCAGUUGAAAAAGCACCAAAGGAUUCACACUGGAGAGAAACCGUACAUGUGUUCACACUGCGACGGGAGAUUCAGUCUGUUAGGUAGCCUGAGAGCACAUGAGAGGACUCACACUGGAGAGAAACCGUACAUGUGUUCACACUGCAACAAGAGAUUCACACAGUCGGGAGCUCUGAGAAGACAUGAGAGGAUUCACACUGGAAAGAAAACCUAAAAGUAAGGCUGUGCCAGGGCUCAAAAUGAACCUUUUUGCUUGGCAGCACUGGUGCUCUUAGCUUAAAGGUGUAGUCGGUGAAUGUCUUCAGAAGCAUUUGUUGUUGUGCUGGUUGAAAGUCUCUUCACAGUCCAAUAGCAAUGACUGGACGUCUGUGCCCGGGAGUGCCUUAUUACGUCUCUGAGUGGGCUGCAUUCAUUCAUGAGUAAGACUUGUAAAUAUAUACUAAACAUCUAUUGACUUCUAUAUCUAUUGACUUACACGGAAGAAAAAACAAAUGUACCUAUGGAAGUCAAUGGUUACAGGUGUCCAGCUUUCUUCGAAAUAUCUUUUUUUGUGUUCAACAGAAUAAAAAAUAAAGAGAAACCGGUUUGGAACAAGUAAAGGUUGAGUAAAUAAUGACCAUAUUCGCUUUUUAGGUAAACUAUCCAUUUAAAAAUACUUAAAUUUAUUAUUAUUAUUUUUUUUUUUAUUUGAGAUUAACAAGACAAUACAUCAUAGUAUACAAUACAACAAAGGAAAAAAUUACAGAGUGUCUUAUUUUUCUUAUUUUCCCACUUUCCCCUUAAAAUAAAAUAAAUUCAAAUGUAUGAAUUAUAAACAAA